AUGGUCGGUAAGUUGAUCUCCAUACAGUUUCAAACUUAUUCAAUAUUACUUUUCUUUCUUCUCCAGAGACUCUUCUUCAUUUUUACCACUUGUUUCUAUUCAUUUUAUCGUUUUUUUUUUGUCUUGCUUUCUUCUUCUUCUUCUUCUUCUUCUUCUUCUUCUUCUUCUUUCUUCUUCUUCUUCUUCUUCUUCGUCGUCGUCGCCCCAUCUCCAAUGAAGAACGAUCUUGAAUGCAUAAAUAUUUCUCUGUCGCUCGCUCUCUCUCUCUCUCCCUCUCUCUCUCUCUCUCUCUCUCUCUUACUCUCUCGCUAUGGAUUUACGCUUUUCAACCUUACAGUCGACCAUGACUUUUGUUUCACGCUGUCCAUAGACUGGUCAAAAUGUCUGUCAAGUCGCUCUCUGCCUUUCGUUCAUCUAUCAGAACUAAAAUUACCGCUUGUGGCAUGUCGCAGUUGA